AUGUCCAUAGCAGAUACCCUUCCUCCAGCAAUUAUCGCAGCAGUCAGUAGUAUAUUUAUAAUUUUACAAGCUAUUCAAAAUCGAAAAAAUUAUUUCGAAAUACCAUCGGAAGAAGUUUCCGAUGAUAUAAUUGAUAAUGCGCGCUUUUCAACGGUACAAAGGGAUGUUGUUAAACUUGGAAUUACGAUAUUGCAGACUGGAUUGUUUACUUUUUUGUUCUUUUUGAGAUUUAAACACGGAAAUAAUUUAAAUUUUGAUACGAUAAGUCCUGGAAUUCUUGCAAUUUGUUGGUUUUAUGCACUUACAAUUUCAGCUAUUGCCUUGUCAUUGAAAUCGAGACCAAUUAUAAACCUAAGCGAUUCUUAUCAAAUGGAUGAAAUAAUUGAAAAAUUAACUGUAAUAUGCAACUUUAUUUUCUCUUUGGUGGCUACAUCAAUUGCUAUCACAACUCCGAUGGGUCCACCAAUACUUCAAAAUGGGAGAGCUGUUUGUGCAAUCGAGUAUUGUUCAAUAUGGGACUUUAUUACUUUCUUCCCUGCUUCUAAAUUAAUUUUCAAAGCUUAUACGCAAAAGACUUUCAAUGAUGGUGAUCUUGAUUUACUUCCAUUUGCUUAUCAAGCUAAAUCAUUAUAUAAUGCUUUCAAAAAAACUAGAGGAUGUAAACUCUUGUAUCGAAUAUUGAUGGCUAAUAAACGUGUUAUAAGCCUACAACUUUUAUUCACAAUAUUGGCUGCUGUGUUAUAUUAUGCACCAAUAAUUUUUUUAUACCGUUUUCUAUCGUUUAUUCAAACGAGAUCUGAAAAUGAAUCUCUGAAGCUUGGAUAUGUAUAUAUAUUUGGAAUGCUUGUAUCAAGUAUUAUACUACGUCUUACUAUUGCACAAAAUUGGUAUUGGGCUGCGAAUGUAUUUACGGUUAGCGUAAAGGAGAUGCUUAAUUCUGAAAUUUAUUCAAAAAGUUUAAGACGAAUUAAUUCUCAUGUUUCAACUAUGAAAGAUGAAUCUAAUAAAUCUGAGGAUAAUUUGGAUGAUGAUAAUUCAUCUAUUGGCAAAGUUACUAACCUUAUGUCAAUAGAUACAAAUCGUAUUAGUGAAUUUUGUAUGUGGUGGACUAAUGCAUUUGAUAGUCCGAUAGAAUUAAUAAUUGGUCUUUAUUUUUUAUAUCAAUUAAUGGGAGUAUCUUGUUUAAUCGGUUUGUCGGUUAUGAUCAUUACACUUCCAAUUAAUCAUCAAACGGCCAAGCAAUAUGCAAAAACUCAAGACAAGCUCAUGAAUGCUAGAGAUCGUAGAGUAGAACUAAUGAAUGAAGUUUUACAAGGCAUUCGUAUGAUUAAAUUCUUUGCCUGGGAAAAGAAUUGGAAAAAUAAAGUAUUAGAGGCUCGCAACAUCGAGCUUAAACAACUUCGAAAUAACUUUAUCUAUUUGUCCUUAUUUGAUCUAUUAUGGAUGGCUACACCUAUUUUAGUCACUAUUCUCAGUUUUUUCUUCUUCACCAAAAUUCAAAAAAAUGAGCUUACAGCAGCCAUUGCUUUUACUUCGUUAGUUAUUUUCAAUGAACUUCGAUUUGCCCUUAAUGCUCUGCCUGAAACUUUUAUGGAUGGACUUCAAGCAUUGAUUAGCAUACAUAGAAUAGAAAAAUUUUUAAAUGAAGAUGAAAUUGAAAUUCUACAUGAAAAUAAUUAUCCAUUUAUAACAUCAAUCUCUUUUGAAAAAGCAACUAUUUCAUGGAAUAAAAUUAAGGAAAAUAGUGAUGAGUUUAUUAUGCAAGAUUUGGAUUUGGAAUUUCCUGUGGGUGAAUUAAGUAUCAUUUGCGGGCCAACUGGAUCCGGGAAGACAUUAUUAUUAAUGUCACUUCUUGGAGAAACCUGUAUCAUUAGUGGUAACAUCAAUAGUCCACGUAGUUUAACAAGUCCUAUUGAUCAAAAUAUCAAUGAAAACAAUUGGAUUCUUCCGAAUUGUACUGCUUACGUUGCACAGCAAGUAUGGCUUCAGAAUGCUUCUAUUCGUGAUAACGUUCUUUUUGGUCUUCCUUACAAUGAAAGUCGUUAUAAUCAAGUUAUAAAAGUAUGCGCACUGGAAAAAGAUUUUCAAAUACUUGAAGAUGGAGACAUGACAGAGAUUGGUGAAAAGGGAAUUACACUAAGUGGUGGUCAGAAGAUGCGUGUCGCUUUAGCAAGUGCUGUUGAUGCACAUACUGCAUUGCAAUUGAUGAACAAAUGUCUACUAGGUCCUAUUAUGAAGGGACGUACUCGAAUUCUUGUAACGCAUCACAUCAGAUUCGGUUUGACUGGUGCCACUUAUUUGGUCGCCGUCGAUAAUGGAAAAAUUGUUACAUCUGGUGCGAUUUCAGAAUUACGCAAUUCAGGAAUAUUGGCCUCAAUCUAUGAUGAUAGUCAAUCAGAAUUAGUGAAUCCUGUUGAAUUGAUCACAGAAAAUGCAUUCGUUGAAAAUGCAGCUCAGGUAGAUGAUUCACAACCAAUAAAAAAAGUCUCCAAACCAAGAGUUCUUAUCGAAGAAGAAGCACGACCAACUGGCAUGGUUAAGUUUAAGAUUUACAAGUCAUAUUUCUAUGCAAAUGGAAAUAUACUUUAUUGGUUAAUUGCUGCCGUAACAUUUAUUGGUGCUAGAGGAGUACAGAUAAUGGAAAAUUGGUGGCUUAAAGUUUGGUCAAAUGCCAGCAAUAACAACGAGACAUUCCCAAUAAUUUUCAAUUUAGUUCAACAAGAUAAUUUAGUCAUGGUCGAUGGAAUAUUCAGCUAUAUUCAUAAGCCAUAUAAUGUUGAUUAUUAUUUAAAUAUAUAUGUGUUAAUUACAUUUUUAUCUAUUAUCACUGGUGUUUUGCGUUUCGCUUGGCUUUAUUAUGGAUCUUUGAGAGCUUCUAAAAAACUUUAUCAAACACUACUUCAUCGAGUUAUUCGUGCCCCAUUAAGAUUCUUUGAUACGACACCAGUUGGGAGAAUUCUUAAUAGGUUCAGCAAGGAUUUUGAAACAAUUGAUAGCAGUUUAGCAGGCGAACUUGCACAGUUUUUGAUCAAUGCAAUCAUGAUGCUGAGUACUAUGGUUGUUUUAACAGUCAUUACAAAAGGUGUUAUUUAUACAAUAGUUGGUGCAUUAUAUGUAAAGGCUUCUCGUGAACUCAAGAGGAUGGAUUCUGUGUCAAGAUCCCCGCUAUAUUCUCAUUUCACUGAAACUUUAAUUGGCAUAACAACAAUUAGAGCUUUCGGUGCAUCAAAACGGUUUAUGCAAGAUAUGCUAUUAAGAAUAGAUAACAACAGUCGACCAUCCUUUUAUGUAUGGUUAACAAACCGCUGGCUUUCAGUCUAUUUCAAUGUUACUAGUUCAUUUGUUUCAUUUUUAGCUGGUAUUUUCAUUCUAUGGAAUCUUGAUCAAAUUGAUGCUGGUUUAGCUGGUUUGUCUUUGUCAUUUGCAAUGCAGUUCACACAACAAAUAAUGUGGACUGUUAGAAAAUAUACUUUGCUUGAAAUGAGUUUAAAUGCUGUUGAAAGAAUAAGCGAGUUUUCUGAAAUUCCUCAAGAAGCACCAGCUAUAAUUGAACCGAGACCACCUGCUUGCUGGCCACAUAGUGGCGCAAUUGUGGUACAAAAUUUGGAAGUUAAAUAUGCUUCUGAUCUAGAGCCAGUAUUACAUCACAUUUCAUUCAAUGUGGAAGGACAAGAAAAAAUAGGGCUUGUUGGUCGUACUGGGUCCGGAAAGUCAACAAUAGCAUUGGCAUUGUUUCGGUUUGUAGAACCAUCGGAUGGAAGAAUUUUAGUUGAUGAACUUGAUAUUUCAUCAGUCGGUGUUGAAGAUCUUCGGUCAAGAAUAACUAUAAUUCCACAAGAUCCUAUACUAUUUACAGGUACAAUACGGUCAAACCUUGACACGUUUUCUCAGUAUGAAGAUAGUGAAAUAUUGAACUCUCUGCGACGUGUUCAUUUAAUUCCUUCUGUAGAGGAUGUAGAUGAUGUCUCAAUUUCAGGGGACAAUUUAUUUAAAAAUUUAGAUACACCUGUAAGUGAGGGCGGAAAAAAUUUUAGUCAAGGUCAGAGGCAAUUAUUAUGUCUGGCUCGAGCUUUAUUAAGAAGUUCAAAGAUUAUAUUGAUGGAUGAAGCCACUGCGAGCAUUGAUUUUGCUAUGGAUGAAAAGAUUCAGAAAAUGAUAAGGACUGAAUUUGCUGAAUGUACUGUAUUAUGUAUUGCACAUCGGCUGCGUACUGUUAUUGAUUACGAUAGGAUACUAGUUAUUGAUCGAGGAAAUAUAAUAGAAUUUGACAGUCCAUACAAUCUAAUUAUGGACAGCAAUUCCUUGUUUUACCAAAUGUGUCAAAAUUCUGGUGAAUUUGAUUUGCUAAUGCCGUUGGCUUCAAAGGAGGAUAAGGAUGACGGAGAGGCCUA